UCAUUCAAAAGGGUUAACAUCGCCAGGGAGGUUUCUUUUUUUAAAUACAGAGGGAUUCAACAUUUGGAGUGGUACACUUCACUAUCAGGGGUAACCUGAUAUUUAGAAGAUUUGAAAAAACUCAUCUUCAUUCGAGAACCUUGAAUCAGUUAUCUCACACCAGAGUCAGGAAGUUGAGGAAAUCAAGGCGUAGUAUUCCAUUUGAUUUUUUUUUAUUCAUUUGGGUGUUAUGAGCGUGUAAACGAUGGAUCAGAAGCCCCCACGUCCUCGGACGCUGCAGUUGUCCCCCGUGACCGCCAAAAAGGCGCCUCGAUCUGGAAGACAUCGGAAACACGGGAACUCGCGACAUCGGAGCACAACCGAACUGAAGCUCCUGGCAAAUAACAUCCGGGGAAUCAUAGAAGACAUCUCUUUUCAAAACAGUGAACAAUCCAGGGAAAACGUUCUUCGGCGGUCUUACAUCGGAAUCAGUCGGAGCGCUGCAGCGUAUGGAGAACAAUCCGAACCACUUUUUUCCCGAAGGAAUAUAGUAUCGGCAUUUUACGGAGAAAAUCGCUCUGGCGAUGGCGUCACGCGGGAAGCGGCGAUGCAGAUGUCAAACCGAGUAGCGAAAACUGAACGAUACGACAGCAGAUUACAACAUGAAGGGAAAACGGACAAACGCCAGUCCUGUCCCUGGGAUCUGUCGUAUUUUGACCAGCAUGGAGACAGUAGAUCUCUUCAGAUCCUUGCUUCCGAGUUAAACCAUCUCCGAGAAAUCCGCGAGAAUGAGGUGCGAGAUUUACUGACGGUGAAUAACAAACUCCAACACGAGCUGUUUGAUGCUGACAGGGAAAUAUGUGCUUUACAGGACAAAAACUUUCAAAGCAACAAGAGACUGGAGGAUAUGUUACGUGUGUAUGAGAGAAUCCGUGAAAAUCUGAAGCAGUGUUUAACCAAAGUCAAAGAUCUAGAGAGUUUUGGAAAAUUUACGCCACUCAAUUCUGAUGAUGAAUCCGCCAACAGAGCACAAAAAGGUGAUGACCAGACAAAUGACCAAGCCAGUUUGUCCUCGGGAUUUAACACUCUAUCGGACAUGUCCGAGAGCCUCCCCAUUGACACCGUAGCACUGGGAUAUGAAGGUGAUGGGGAGAAUUCGACGUGUGAAAGGCGCCGUGUCGGUCUCUCCGACAUGAAUGAUCUCCUGAGGGACAUUGAUUCCAUCAGUCUUGACAGUCGCAGUACCGGAUGCGGGGCUUCGCCGCCAGAUGGCAGCAAUGGGACAUCUCCUCAGCCGGAGCGAAGACUUCUCGCGAGACUUCAAGAGGAUGUAAACUCUCUUUCUCAAAUUAACAGGGACCAAUCACAGGAAAUUGAGCGCCUCCGUUCUGACCUUGCCUCCUGUCGUAAGCACAUGAGCUCAUCUCAGUUUCAGUUGGAGGCUGUGGAGAUAGAGUGCAGUCGUCUGCUAGCAAUGGAAGACCAGAUAGCCUCCGUCAUCACACUUCUGCAGAGGGCAAAGGAUGUGCAUCUACACCGACAGAUACUGGGAGACAUCAUCUUCAAUGCAGUGACGUCAUCCAUGUCGAAGGAAAGAUCAUCAUCAGGUUUACCAGCAGAUGUGUUUUUGAGAGAGUUCCAAGAACGUUUAUCAUUACACCCUCAACUCGCUCUUUCGGAUAUAAACGACCACAGCGAACGCAAGACAUUGUCAUCCAGCAGGGAGAAGACCGCGCCAACAAAGAAACGCCCCGGAAGUGGGGACAGUAAGCGCUUUGGGGCCGUAUUUUCGGACCUUUCUCUUUCUCAGCCAGUUCUUGAAUUUGGUUCGCCAGCAGAUAAAACCAGCGAUAAAACGAAACCUACGAACACGAAAGAUCUUCUGGAGGCUUUGAAAUUUAUUGAUGACGAAGAAGAUCAAUUAAGCGAAGCCGAGUCGUUUCACAGUCUCGGCAAACACCUAGGGUUUGAUCAUGAGAUGAACUAAGGUCACCGAGUGUCAGAUGCACUAAGACGUUUUAAGAAAGUGUUCGGUCGUUUUGUUCAAACAUUUAAAAGUUGUCAAUAAUUAUCGAUUUGCUGUAAUAUUUCGAUGUGUAAAAGAGGUUUUCAAGUUGUACAAUUUGCAUAUUUCUAUGAUGAAAGAAUGCGAAUAUUCAAUAGUAAUGUCUACAAAAUAUUUCUAUAGCAUAUACUAGUAUAGAAGAACUUUAAUGUAAUUGUGGAUUUUUAAAUGUAUAGUAUAAUUACUAAUUACACUGUAGAAGGACAUUUUAUAAAAAACAAAGCCUUAAUAAAAAAGUAAACUCAAGUGUGUGACCUGUA